AUGGGAGAUGCUAGAGAGGCUAGAGGCCCUCUGCGAAUAGCGAUAAUUGGCGGAGGUAUAGGUGGACUAAGUCUGCUUUUAGGCGUCUUGAAGCACUGCGAUCGACACGUUAUCGAACCACACCUGUACGAAGCCACCCAUGCAUUUUCAGAGAUCGGUGCUGGCGUUGGGUUUCUUCCCAAUGCUGUACGAGCCAUGCGCGCCAUCGACCCUGAAAUCUACAAAGCCUACUGCCGAGUCGCGGACCAAGCUCCUCCUAUAAAAGUCAAUAACCGAGAUAUGUCGGUUUUUUCCAAUGUUUACAUGGGUAUGGACGGAAGAGGAGGGACCAACACGUCCAAGGCCUUCGAAGAGAUUUGUACAAUCCACAAUGACAACAGGUUCCGCAAUAUCCAUCGAGCAGUUUUCUUGGAUGCGAUGAUAAACCUCUUGCCUGGCGGCUUCAAGGGAGGCCUGGUUAGCUUCAAUAAAAGGUGCACCAAUGUGCACGAAGUUGGAGGGCGUGCCAAGGUUCUCUUUGCGGAUGGCACGUCGCAAACCUUCGAUGCAGUUGUCGGUUGUGAUGGUGUUAAAUCCCGGGUGCGAAAUAUUCUUCAUGAACGGGAAAGGUACGAGCCGCAAUUCACGGGUAAAUAUGCCUACCGAGGGCUCAUCCCAAUCAAUGAUGCCAUCAGUGCCCUUGGAAAGGAGACUGCAACGACCCAGGCUCUGUUUUUCGGCUAUGGUGGUCAUCUUGUCACAUUUCCAAUCGAUCAAGGAAAGACGCUCAAUGUUGUCGCAUUUCGAGGUGCUCCGGAAUGGAAUUAUGGCGGUAACUGGGUUGUCCCUGCGACUGUUCAAGACGCUCUUGAAGAUUUCAAAGAUUGGAGCGAACCGGUGCAAAAGCUGCUCUCCUUAUUAAAAGAGCCGGAUAAAUGGGGUCUCUUCGAUCUGCCCCCUGCGAAGACCUUUGUCAAAGACGGCAAAAUCUGUCUUCUGGGUGAUUGUGCCCAUGCUUCGACACCCCACCUUGGCGCAGGGGCAGGUAUGGCUAUAGAGGAUGGCGCUGUUCUCAGUCGACUACUUGGGGAAAUCAAAAGGCCUGAUGCAACUCAACUUCAGAGGGCUUUUGCAGCCUAUGAUGCAGUUCGGAGAGGCCGUGAUCAACGACUUGUGACCGCAAGUAGGAACGCUGGUAUGCUUUAUGGGUUUGAACAGCCUGAGGUUGGAGAUGAUAUUGGGGAAAUCCGGCGUAUCCUGAGUAAUCAGUGGGACUGGGUUUGGGAUUUGGACAUCGAAGCACACUGCGAAGAGGCUAUCGGAAUGAUGCACCGUCCAAUAUCUCUGAAUGGUACCGCCUGA